AUGAACGGUAGCAUGGCGUUGUCUCUAGUUCUAUUAGUCGCCUCAAGUCUAAGCACAAGAGUCGGAGCAGACUCAGCAGAGGCGACAAAUGCAAACAACGCAGUAACAAACGCUUGCCAAGAAGCAGAGCUGCUACAGCACCUGAUAGAAGAAACUGAAAGCAGGAUAUCAACAGUGACGACAGCAGAAGAUGGCAUUACUGAAGAAGCACAGAAAUUCUUCUUAGGAGCGGCAAGAUCAGCAGGAACGGACAGGCACUGGCAGUACCUGGCACUAAACCUUGCAGCAACACAAAUCGCAACUAACAAUAAAGCAAAGAACAAAGCAACCGCAGCGACUCUGAAAGACGUUUUGCAGACGCUGCUAAGACGACAAGCCCAGGUCGAACUUUACCACAAAAUGUCGGACGGAGCCGAGCACAAAAACGGCAUAAGCAAAGCCAAAGGCGGCCAAACACCCUUACUAACGGCAGGGAGCUCAAGGAUGUGCGUGGUUGAAUUCGCUGCAAAAGACCCAAACAGCCAACGCUGCCGCAAGCCAGUUUCAGCAACAAAAGACAUAGACAAAAUUCGACAGAACGUAGCCGCAGCCGACGGCAUAAAGGGCAUACCGGACGGCGCCUUUAAGCGGCCGAAGAUCACAGCAAUAGCAGAGGCAACAGGGAGCCCAGAUGGCGACAACCCAACGGCAAGUCAGCCGAUCUGCAACUCGGGGGGCAACGGCAACGCAGGCAGCAACAAUGUGCUGGCCGUAAGCGCGAUCAAACUGGACAACAGCGAAGCGACACCAACCAAGGCAACCAUCUCCAGGCCGCCGGCCAGCGCUACCGGCUGCAAGGAGCCGGAGGUGGCACCAGAGGAGCUGCUAGUAACCCAGGCCGCUGUUGCCCAUUCCCUAUGCAAGCUCCAGACUGCGAUACCAACAAAAGCGGCCACAAUCGGUCAGCUAACAGUAACGGCGCUCCAAGACAACCCGACUGUGCAAGAAAUAGCCAUGCUAGUAACUGGUGCCCCAAAUGGAGCGUCAGACACAAACACUAUGAAAGCGGCUGUAAAGACACUCUUCGGAGAAAGCACAGAAACGGUUCAGAAGACGUAUCUAGAGCCCCUAGCCACGGUCAGCAUUCAAUUCAAAGUAGCAGGAACAUCGAAAGAAGGAACCAUCGUCAGUUUCGCCACGGACAGCGGCUAUAGCGAGGCAUUGGCAUAUUUACUAGGCCAAGACUUUAAGGCAUCAAAAGUAAAACAAGCACAAGCUACAACAGCAGCCAAACCAGAAAUAGAAAAAUGCAAGGAAGACACUGAAGAAACCAAAUGCACAGAGGAUGCAGACUGCGAACACAAAGGCGGAAAGUGCAAACUUAAAGAGGGAGUGAAAGUGGAAGAAAAUGAAGGCAAAGGCACAAACAACACAGGGAGCAAUUCUAUUGUCAUUAACAGGGCACCUCUUUUGUUUGCAUUUUUCCUUCUAUAA